AUUGGACUUCAGAAGUACCAUAUGUAUGUAAUGGUAAAAUGCUUUGGGAUCCUUUAGCAUUAAAGGAGUUACAUACAGCAAAUAUAAAAUACAUAUACCAUUUUACUGAAUUAGAUUUAAUGAGGUAUAUUAAAAAAGGAUUUUUAAUUGUUAGAUAGGAGUGGCAAGGUUUAAAGCUGUACGGUAGUCACUAGUGAGUGGAGUGCUGGCCUCUUGCAAAAUUCCUGAAAUGCAGAUGACACUGAUAAUGCUCCGUAAACUAAGCCCACAGCAUGGAAUAAUGCCUCCACCAAAUCUGUAAAUGUGGAAGUUUGUCAGUUACUGCAACAUGCUACUAAGUAGGUAGUUGAUAAGAGAAAAGUGAUUUCAACACACAUGAGGCUCUAAGAGACUGAGUGACAACAUGACAACAAGCUGAUCACCUUCAGAAGGAAAUCCAAGUAUUGCUUGAUGACUGUAGCAGGAUUGCCAUUUACUGGGCACCCCCUCGUGGCCAGGGGUGUGUCUGCCAUGGCCUACUAACAAUUUCUCCCCUUUGACGCUCUCCCAUGACAUUCCCACCAAACAGUCUCUCACAGGCCCUUUUGACCAGGCUUCAGCCUCCAGGCCCUUCUGGUCAGGCUUUUAUUCCUUUGUCACUUUCCCAAUACGCCAAACCAAAACUGAAAACAACAACAUAGCAAUUACUCUGCUGGUCUUGAGCUCUGUCCUCCAGGGUAUCCCUUCCAUAGCUUAUUGGCAGGCCUCCUGCCUCUAGCAGUCUCACAAAAGCCCCCUCACUGUAGCCUGCCCUCCCGCACUCCAACUUCUUCCUUGUUGCAACUUCCUGCUGCUCUUAUAGUGGAACCACCUGAUCCAACCCAUGUGUGACUCCUUUGUAAUCAGGGUUGACUAGGCCUAGGCCCUCCAGCCCUUAAGAUCUAGCCACCAUGUUACACUCCCCACUCCAACCCCAUUAAAGCCUUGCCAGGGCAAAGUCUACCUGAAGAGAACUUCCCCAUCUUCCUGCAAUUUAUGUGUGUUGCCAACCAUGUGAAUGCAUUGUCCAGGCUCUCUCCCCUUCCAGUUUGUUCAACAUAGUACACAGGCAAUCUCGUUUUUUCUAGGAUCUCUGCCUUUUCCACUGCUUCUGCCACUGAUGUUAGCUUUUAAACUGCUUCUCUCACGUUUGAGCUCCCAUGGGCAGAACCUGCAAGAAAUGCUCUAAAACAAUUAGGUCCAUGACUUUCCCCAGAGAGUUCUCUGGCAGCUACCAAUCAGCCAGGUCCUGCAACCUGUGAGCUACCACAUGGGGUUGGGCUUUCCGCUGAAAUGACUUGAUACAGAAUUUAUGCCAGUACGCUUCUAGUGUCAAUCCUAAUCUAAGAUGGCUGCUUUCCAUUCAGGGUAUGAGUUGACUGUCUCACUGAAAGCUCUAAAUGUGGUUUGAGCCUGUCCAGUCAAAAAUGGUACCACCCUCGCCACCCAAGUGGAGUCUUCUCAGCCAGCAAGGCAAGGAACCCGCUCAAAGGCUGUGGCUGUGUGACAAGGAAAUCCCUUAAAAAUGAAAAAGUUCACGCUGUUCGAUUUUGUAAAUGAUAAUUCGCUACAAAUUGGGGAGACUUCAUGGAUUCAGGAUCUUCCCAAUGAUGACAGUGAACUAGAAGGACUCCUGAAACCAAAUGAGCAGGUGCUAGUUAACUGGCCUGUGGGAGAAAGGAAGACAGAGAAACAUUUAGUAAAAGUAGUGUACAUGAGUGUAUCAUCUGCUUGGACUUCUCUUUUCUCCACUUCAGAUGACCCUCAAGAGCUAGUUGAGAUGAUGCAGAAGAUAUUGCAGGCAGAUGAAAUUACAAAAAUACAAGUUGUUGGAAAAGGCAAGAGGAAGAGGAUUGAGAUGAUAUUCUCAGAGAGUGAAGAUAGUGACCUGGACAAAGGGCAGGGGAAAAUGAUGAAGAGUAUAAAAAGAAAGAAAUCAUUACAGGCCUCUGCCUCUGCCAACAUCCUGAGUCAACUUGAAACAUCUUUAAUUAACAAACAGAGAGAACCGUAUUCUGGAAAUGCUUUUCUGUACAGCGAAAGCAGUAGUGAUGAUGAGGAGCCCUUGUUUCAGUUAUCCAAAGUGGAACUACGUGCCAAAAUAAAAAGUCUGAAAAGGAAACUGACAGACACCAUGAGAGAAAACUGUCGCCUACGGCAGUCACUGGUCAUGCUUCAAGUGUUGCCACAGGCAGUCACACAUUUUGAGGAACUGGUAGGUAUGGCUGAGGCCCUGCUCAAAGGGGGAGUGACCACAUCUGCCUCCAGUAUUCAUUCACACACUGUCUGGAAAGCAUCAAACAGUUCUUUAUCAGAUUCAUAUGCAACUAUCCACAGUAACUCCAAUUCACCGAUAGCAUUGAAUAUGGAAGAAGAGGAGCAACAGCCUGAGAAACAGUUCAAGAUUGAAAAAUGGCAGAUUGCCCUUUGUAACAAGAGCAAGCCUCAAAAGUUUAUAAAUGAUUUGAUGCAAGCCCUUUAUACACACGAAUACAUGGCCACGCAUAGUCUGACAGGUGCAAAAUCCUCCUCUUCGAAGGAUAAAGCAGCAAAACCAGCAAUGAAUCAGAAUGAAGUUCAGGAAAUCAUAGGAAUCACAAAACAGUUAUUUCCAAAUACAGAUGAUGCUUUAAUUAGGAGAAUGAUGGGGCAAAAGCUAAACAAUUGCACCAAGAAGCCAAUUUUAAGCAAAGAUCUUAAUUCAGUUGUUUUUCAGAAGCAUAGCUUUUGUGGUUCGCCAGCUCCUCCUCCCAGUACUCAGGACACCAUCCCAUCAGCUCCUGUUUCCAGUGCAAAAGAGCAGCAGGAUGAUGACUCACUGGCUUCUCCCACACCAGUUCAGCAUGGUGACAGCUCUCUGGCUCCUCCUCCCCACAGCACACAAGCUCAGCAAAGUGGUGUCACACCAACUUCUUUCAGCAUGGAGUCUCAUCAAGGCAGAAACUCACCAGCUCCUACUUCCAACCAGGGCUCCAGACAGGAUUUCAGGAGUUCUGACAAGAAGUAAAAGUGGACCCUUCAUAGCAGUUCAGGCAGACACUGGAGGAUAGGGACAGUAGAAAAUGGGCAGACAGAAGUGACACUUAAUAGUUUGUUCAGACCCUAGCAACAGUUGGCAAAGAUACUGGAAGAGGAAUAGAGGUCUGGGGCCAAUUUUCUGAUUUGUAAUUAAAAUCCCACAGUAUAGAAAAAAAAUUCAAAAUGCUUCAAUAUCUUCAGAUUUAAGAUAUUAUAAAAUAUAUGCAUGUCCUACUGUAGUUCAGAAUGGAUUAACAUUUGUUCAAAAAUAAUACAAAUGUUCUCAAUAACCAGAUAAUGGACACACUAUUUAAGAUAAUGCCAAAAAUAAAACCAAGAGGAGCUUCACAGCCCAGACCAAACACCCAUCUAUACAUAUGAGAGAAAGAUCUUUAGUCUUCCAGACAGAAGAAGGUUUUUUACUAUAAUCCAAGGGACCCUGAGUGGUUUAAAACAAGGACAAACAAUGCAGUGUUAGGAUGCAGAUAGUGUUAGCCUUCAGAGGGAUGAAAAAACAGGGACUCAAAGGCCCAGAUCUACAGAGACUUAGGCACCUAAACCCCAAAGGGGUUCCCUUUGUUGAUCCAGGCUGAGGAUACUAUUGGAUCAGCAGGAGUGGUUCCCUCAGGAGCUGCUGCUCUUUUGCCCUAUUAAGGGGAGGCGGGGAGAAGAGGGAGCUAAGGCUCACUUUUAUCUCUAAGGGGUUGGGAGGAGGCUCAGGUUUCUUUUGGCCUAGAUGCAUGGGGGACCUGGAGCAUCUUUUCUCCUCUGGAGACAUUAGGGGUGUGGUUGCCAGCAUGUAAGCAUUUUGCCAGGGCAGUUCUCCAUAUUAGCCCCCACCGGGUUCUAUAUGUGGUCUGGUGAAUUUUAGAGUAUUUCUUCGAAGGGUGUGAGAGAAAACGCAAAUUACAGUAACCCGAAGGCCGAUAAAAUCACCUGGCACCACUCAGGUGAAAAACUGUCACUUCAACAAAGUUGUGUGUCUUUCUCCACUACAUUUCCCACAACUCCCACUCUGUUCACCUAGCCCCCUCUGGCUCUUCUUUCUGCACCUGCCCUAUUCCGUUUUACCUCAUGAGAGGAGGUGCAGGAGAUGGACACCGGAUGACCUCCUCUUCAGGGCUCCUUUCUGCCAGUGCCCUGGCUUUACAAAGUUUAGUUGGUUCACAAAUCCCAAAUAUCCCUUUUUUUACUGAACAUGAGGAGUCCCUUCUCUUUCUCUCCAGGGACUAGAAAGCGGGUUAUGAAGGGGGGCGGGUAUGGGGGGCUCCUGCUUCUCUUGACCUGGAGGGCAGUUCUUUUGAUGAAGGCACUGUGGAGGACAAAGAUACCAGCUGCUCCCCAUAGUGUCUGACUUGGAGAGACAGUACAACAGGAAGUAUGUUCCUGCUGUGGGUGCUGUAGCCACUCAGUAAACAUGGUACCUGCCUUUGAGAGCUGACCACCCCCUUUAGCCUGGUCCACUGAAUUAUGAGUGUUCCACUGUGGCUGAUCAAAGAGAAGCAGCUGGCAGGCCAGCUUGACUUUGGAAAGGAUAGGGAGGGAUAGUAGGAUUGAAAGGGACCUCUGUCUUUGAAAACCUUAGAGACAGACUUUUCCCAAAAUUCUUUGCAGGGUUUUUGUUGUUGUUGUUGUUGACUCCUGGCUUCCCAAGAAAUCUGUUAGUGACAUAUGGGCCAGUGCAAGCUUGGGUGCAGGAAACAUCAGAAAUACUACUUUUAAUUUUGAGCAUCUCAUUCCCAGAAAGAUAUUGACAAAUUGGAGGGAGUUCACAGAAGAGAAACAAAGUUAUUGAAGAACUCAUUUACAGUGGAAAAAACUAACAGAGCUGUAUAUUUUUUCCUGUCUGAGCAGUGACUAAGGAUCAGAGCAUAUACUAAUAGUCUACAAAUGUUAGGGUCUAAAUGUGGAGAUAGAGAAGUUAUUUAGAUUGGUUUAAGGGGAUAUAAAUAUAAGUAACAGGAUGAAGUUAAGAAAGAGAAUAUUUAGGGUGAACGUCAAAAAAAAAAUGUCCUGACAGUAAGAUGUAUUAGGCUGUGAACUGGGGUCUCCCAAGGAAAGUGCUGAAAGCCCAGUUUAUAUGACAAUGCACGAAUAAAUACACUGUAAAGAAGAUUUUUGCAUAUGCAGGGGAAUGGACUAGGUGUUCUAAUAGAUCUUUUCCAUCUUUAACAUCUAUGCUUUUCCUUGUAGAUAGAUCUAAGAUGAAAGCAGAUAAAACAACAUGCCAGAAGGCUCUGACUCAUGGUGUUAACCACCAGAGAUAAAAUAUAGGUGAAAGGAUGUUUUGCUACUGUGUAUAUAUUGUACAUGAACCUGUAUGUAUUGCAUUAUUAAUGUAUAUACUUAAACAUAUUUUUGACGCAACUUUCUAUAAAAUAAAAAAAUGAAAACGUA